AUGAUAUAUGCGCGUGCAGAGUGCAGCACUCCGGAUUGGACGUGUCCACAUUGUACUUUUGAGAGUGCUUCUACAGCUACAGAAACGUCUGCGUUUCCUAUUGGAACUUACCUGGUAUGGGGGUGUGAAGAGAACUAUGUCAUGGAGGGACCUUCUGACGUCAUAGUGUGGAUCUGCGGUGCGGAUAGCCAAUGGACUGGAGAGCCAACACCUUACUGCGCAGAAUCGAUAUCAACCUGUCCCGACCCUCCCGUUCCUGCAUAUGGUGAGGUGAACCCGGCGGGUGUGGCCCGAUACAGACCUGGUGAUACCGUUCAGUACUCAUGCAAGACUGGAUACCAGCGUAUGGGGAGUACUCAGAAUACGUGCGGGAAUGACCAUUCUUGGAAGAAUGCGGCUCCGACAUGUAAAAGUAAGAGAGCUUGA